AUCACCACUGCUAUAGUCAGAUACAACAUAAGAAAAACAGCGCGUGGGUAAAAAGGGCGAUAACUAGAAGAGCGACUUCUUUCCUCAACAGCAGGCGGGCCGAGUAAUGGUUUCGUUUUCAGUAAGAUUAAACCGGCGGCGGCGACGCGUCUCGUGACCCUUUGCGGCACCGCGCCGCCUGGGCACGCCAUUAGCGUUGCCGCACAAUCUGCACAAUCUCCACCCAUCAAAUAUGGCGCCUCGUACAAACACGGAUUCCUUCCGGUCUGUUUGACAAUUACAUAGCGCUCUCUCUACCUUUUGGAUCGCGUUAGUCGAGUGCCAGGUGAUCGAGGCUGAAUUCCACUUUCUGCGGGGCCAUCUGCUUUUACUGAACCAGGAAUGUCGGCGGAAACGAAAACGUUCUCCAACCCAGAGACCGCUGGUUACGUUGGUUUCGCCAAUCUGCCUAACCAAGUCCACCGAAAGUCCGUGAAGAAAGGGUUCGAGUUCACUCUUAUGGUCGUAGGGGAGUCUGGGCUCGGGAAAUCCACGCUUGUCAACAGCCUGUUCCUGACGGACCUGUACCCAGAACGCCAGCUUCCCGAUGCCAGCGGAAAAGUGAAGCAAACAGUCGCUCUGGAUGCCUCGACCGUGGAGAUCGAAGAGAGGGGGGUCAAGCUGCGUCUUACCGUGGUGGAUACACCGGGCUUCGGGGAUGCCAUCGAUAACACGGAUUGCUUCAAGUCAAUCAUCCAGUACAUCGAGGACCAGUUUGAGCGCUUCCUGUGCGACGAGAGCGGGCUGAACCGACGCAACAUCACGGACAACAGGGUGCACUGCUGCUUCUACUUCAUCUCGCCCUUCGGCCACGGGCUCAAGCCCCUGGACGUCCAGUUCAUGAAGAUGCUCCACAACAAAGUCAACAUUGUGCCCGUCAUCGCCAAAGCGGACGCACUCACCAAGAAGGAGGUCAUGCGUCUCAAGAGGAAGAUAAUGCAGGAGAUAGCCGAGCACGGGAUCCGCCUUUAUCCGCUGCCGGACUGCGACUCCGACGAAGACGAGGAGUACAAGGAGCAAGUGAAGCAGCUCAAGGAGUCUGUCCCCUUUGCGGUGAGCUCGUCGGUCCAGCUGAUCGAGGUCAAGGGUCGGAAGGUGCGGGGUCGCCUCUAUCCCUGGGGCGUCGUCGAGGUGGAGAACCCGGAACACGGCGACUUCAUCAAGCUGCGCACCAUGCUCAUCACUCACAUGCAGGACCUGCAGGAGGUGACUCAAGAACUGCACUAUGAGAACUACCGGUCCGAACGACUGGCCGGCAAGGCGCCUCCAACGGCCAAGAAGCCAGUCGUGCCCCUGCCCGAGGAGAAGCUGACCGAGAAAGACAAGAUUCUGCAGGAGAAGGAGGCGGAGCUGAAGCGAAUGCAGGAGAUGCUCAAGAAGAUGCAGGAACAGAUGCAGCAAGGGGCCACAAAUGGGAGCGAACACCAGACCAAAGUCUGAAGAUGAUCGGGCAAUGUCUUUCUUUUUUGUGUGCCGAAGUUCUUUUUUUGCCAUCGAGAAAAUGUGCCACUCAAAGUCACAAGUUUUAAGUAAUGUUUGCAUUUGUUUUAUGCUUGUACUGCCAAAAUGAACCAUUUUUUUUAAUAAGCUUGAUUUUUAUAAUUUAUAUAUGUAUGGUGUGUUGUGUGCCAUAGCAUUUUCUUUUAUUAGCCUAGCAUAGUGUCCAGUAUUAGGUGGAAUGUCCAUUAUACCAGGGGAAGCAUAAAUCUUCAAAUAACAAGGAAGGGGAUAAAAGGUUUGUGAAAGCUUUUUUUUAUAAUAAUUUGCAAAUUUGAUAAAGACGGGAAAAAAAAAAUCCUAAUUUUCUGUGAACAUUUAACUUUGUUCCUACUGAAUGUUUUCUCUUGCCAAUGUCGUGUGGAUCUCUUUUUAAGUUGAAUUUGAAAGAAUGGAUUUGUGCGGUGAUGCUAGUUUUACAGUUCUUUGGAGUAAGAGUUGUUUGCAAAUAAUUACCUCUUAAAUAAGAAGCAUACCUUGCAUGUUACAAGUCUUUUUUUUUUUUUUUCUUUUUUUACACUAGCAUCAUGGCAAGGUGGAGUUUUUUUAAAAUGACAUAAUAGUGAAGUUAUUCUUUCCAUAACUAAGGUUCCACUGAAGAUUUGGAAUAGGCGUGAAACACUAUAUCGUAAAUAUUCUUUCAUAAAUGAUGUGUUCCAAGACUCCUCUUAGAAAAAAGUAAAUGGCAUACAGACCUGUUUAGUCUAGAUGUGAAGUGCCUUUGAAGCAUACUUUUUUUACAGAAGCUAAUUUUCUACCAACCUAAGUCAAGUUUCAUAUAAGUGAUUUUAUCUUCAUGUAUUUUUGUAAAGUGAAACAAUAAACAUGCAAAAUGCUUGUCUGUUUAAACCAAAAA